AUGACGGAAAAACUACAUGUGCGCGAUGCGUUGAAUGAGUUGGACGAUAAACGCAUUAAACAAAUCAAACCUCUUAUUCCCCCUCAAAUUUUGAUGGAAGAUCUUCCAUUAACCAUGGCUGCAGCUCAAAGUGUGAUUAGUGGACGCACUGGAGCUGAAGCAAUCAUCAAAGGUCAAGAAGAUAGACUUUUGAUAAUUGUUGGUCCUUGUUCCGUUCAUGACGUUCGUGCCGCUCUUGAAUAUGGGGCAAAAUUGAAGGCUUACGCUGAUGAAGCCAAACCUGAUCUUUGUAUAAUUAUGCGAGUUUACUUUGAGAAACCGAGGACAACAGUUGGUUGGAAAGGAUUAAUUAAUGAUCCACAUUUGAAUAAUAGUUUCCAAAUAAAUAAAGGACUACGUAUUGCGCGUAAACUUUUACUUGAUUUGAAUCAAUUAGGUAUCCCGUGUGGCUGCGAAUUUUUGGAUACGAUAACACCACAAUAUCUUGCCGAUUUGGUUGCAUGGGGCGCAAUUGGAGCGAGAACCACAGAGUCACAAGUUCAUCGCGAGCUUGCCUCUGGAUUGUCGGUGCCUGUUGGCUUUAAAAAUGGUACGGAUGGAAAUAUUUCUAUUGCGGUCGAUGCUAUAAAAGCAGCCACUGUAGGCCAUCAUUUUCUAUCGGUUACAAAACAAGGACUAAGUGCCAUUGUGGCAACCGACGCAAGUGGUGCCAAUGGACCAAAUUAUUCAGUUGAAAAUGUUAAAAAUGCUGUAGAAAAAUUGGAAGAAUCAAGAUUGUCUCCUCGCCUGAUGAUUGAUUGCAGCCACGGGAAUAGUCAAAAAGCUUUCAGUCGUCAGAUUGACGUGGCAAAAGACAUUGCUGAACAACUUAAAUCUCCAGCAACUGGCUUAAAUAUUAUUGGCGUAAUGAUUGAGAGUCACCUUAAAGAGGGUCGACAAGAUCUUCCACCGGAGGGCCCUUCAUCUCUCACUUACGGUCAAUCCAUUACUGAUCCUUGUAUUGGUUGGGAAACUACUGUUGAAGUAUUAAACAUUUUGCGUGAAAGUGUUCGUCAAAGACGCUCAACUCGUGGAUUAUACGCAAAUUCACAAUUUAAUGCAUAA